GGGCCACGGGCACGCACUGAAACCUGUCUGGGCGAAAGGAAACGCUUUUCUCUGGGGGUGCCUGAGCACGCGCUGUCCAGGGAGGCUCUGGCGUCUAUUCAAAGGCCACCCGGACAUGGUCCUGGGAAACCAGCGUGCGGUAGCCCUGCCUGAGCAAGAGGUUUAUUCUGUAUGGCACGGUUGGUUAUCCACUGAGAGCACAUCAAUGGACUUGGAAGCUAAAGAUGAAGAGGAGGAGAGUCUACAAACAGCAUUCAAAAAGCUGAGAGUGGAUGCAGCAGGAUGUAUUGCAGCUCUGUCCGUGGGCGACGGGACGAUCCUCAGAACAACGACAAGAGCAGCCAUGGAUGGAGCCAAGCAGCAGCCUGUCAGCUCCAAGGAAGCAUGGCAUGGGUGUGUGAGAAAGCCUUCCCGAGGAUCGGCGAGGGUCCCGCGGCGCCGGCGCUCCAAGUCUCCGGUCCUGCACCCUCCCAAGUUCACCUACUGCAACCUGAAAGCCAACAGCCAGCUGAAACACAAACCCCAGGCAGACACUUCGAAGGGUGUCAUCAGCUCAGAUGUUUUUGUCCCAGCAGAACAUGGUACGAAGGACGGGCAGGAUUCUCACCUUGAGGCCAGUAACGACAGAACUGAACCGUUGGAAGCUUUCACCGCCGAAGAGCCUUCGCAGCAGCUGGGGGAGAAUUGCCCUGCUCUCCCCUCAUCCUUUGAGAACAGCUUGCAAACCUCAGAUUUCCAGUCCUUAUCCAUGCUUAGCGACGGCAGGCAGUGCCCUUGCACGGACAGGAAGUGCCAGUGCAAGCAGUGGCGCAGCAUGGAGGUGUACUCCUUCUCUGGCCUGCGCAGCGUCCUGUCCGAGUGCGAGAAGGCCGUCCUGGGAGUCCACACCCACUCCCUCCAGAACAGAUCUCCCUCUGGGACAGCCUCAGCAAGCUCUCACAGGUCUUGUUCUGAGCAAGCUCGAGCCUUUGUGGAUGAUGUGACUAUUGAAGAUCUUUCGGGAUACAUGGAAUACUACUUAUAUAUUCCCAAGAAAAUGUCUCACAUGGCAGAGAUGAUGUAUACUUGACUGUAAGCAAGAGAGAAUCCUGAAGCAGAGUUUGAUACAAUGGUUGGGCUAAUUGCCUUGUCAGUGCCAUGUUUUCACUGUUGCGUGUUUGAUUAAAUGUUUCUUUGCAUCAUACAGUUUAGUUUUCUAAUAAAAUGAAAAAUUAAAUAUAGUUUCUGAGCUUAGUUCUAAAAAGAAUGCACUAAAGUCUCUGAAUACCUUAAAAGCACUCUAGGUCAAAUGAGCUCUGUUUGGUUUUUGGUUUGUGCUGUGGAUAUUGAAGCUCUGCUGUUUUCACUAUGUUUUGGAAAAAACCAAACAAAACCAAAAAAAGUCUAUAUUUUUCUGAUAUUUUGAUGUGUUUGGAAUGUUCAUUCUUAAUGUAUCUCCGUAAUUAGAGAAAAGUUUCACAGCUACAGCUCCAUCCUCUUUAUCCUGCUCUAGAGAGGAGGAUGAGAAGGCAUUCAGCAUUUUGGAUAGGAUGAAUCUCCUUUCCUUGAACACUGGCUGGCUCCUUUUUUAGUUGGAUCAAGUUGUGAAUGCUUCUUCCUUACAGUUUUUUUGGGAGGUCCAGAACGUGCGGGUGUGUAUUGGACCCUUCCUUAAACUAACUCGCUCACUCUUAAGCAGUUCUAUUUUUCUGCAGAUAAGUGAAGCUCUUAGAAGUAAAAAUAUAUUUUGUUAUUUGUGCUUUACAGAUGGAAUAAUUUGGGGGGGAGUGAAGCAGACUACCAGGUUGUUUGGGCUGUGCAGUCUCAGAAGCAGAGAGGGUGGAACCAUCUCUACAGGAUGUUUCUGAGCACAUCUGAUACACAAAGUGGUGUGGAAAAGGGGUGAGCAAGAUGUGUGUAUCAUCCUGGCUUUGUGCUGUAGAGCUAUGACAUUCCUGCUGGUUGAAAAUACUGCAAUAAAAAAUUCUGUUGCCGAGACUUGCAUUAAUAAAUGUUUGUCAAAACCCA